AUGAAGGGCCCAAGGUCAAAAAAGGUCGAAUGCACCAAGAAGGAAGUCCAAGCUAUCCUUGACCUCCAAGACAAGGAAGAGUGGCUGGUGUGGCUGAGAUCCGACAUGGUACAACCAUGGUGGCAAAGGCGCACGGUAUGCUGGAUCGUAUGUGCCCUAAUGGCACACCUCCUCCUCCUCCACCACCACCACAAACUUUUCCAAUGGCGCCACGGGCCAACAAGGCCCUCCAGGCCCUCCGCCAUCACCAGCGGGUCCGGCAAGCUCCCCUACAGCCAUCCCCCUGCCAGCAAGCCCCCCUCCGCUGCAUCUUCCUCCCCCUGGUAUGCCGGGGAAAUUCUCGCCUCCUCAUUUAGCGGGCAAGAGCCCAUCGCCUCCGGGCUCGCCGCUUCGGGCUUCGGCUCAAAGCUCAUACGGGCUCCAUCAAGGAUCCCAAGGCGUAGGGCCGUGUGGCAGAGCCCAAGCAGCAAGGGCUAUCUACUUCCAAAUCCAAAGGACUGGAAGCUUUACUUGACACAUUGCAACCAGGGUUGCAACUGUGUUGGCACUGCCAACAACACUGGUCCCACCGAUCCUCCUCCCUCCACCACUGCCGCCACCAAUCCCGCCACCAUGCAUGCCACGAAGGCCCGGGCCGGGCCGAAAGAGGCAACAAGCCCGGCCCCGGACAAACGAGUUUCUACGGCCAGUGCCGCCAGCAAGUCCAGCUCAAGCAGCGGCGGCGGUGGGUUUCGGCGCACCAUAAGAACCACUGCGAGGCUGCAGUCCCCCCCCGGCCUUCGACACCGACCUGGGCACAGCCCAGCCGGCCGUGAUUCGGCCCCCAAUGAUGGUUGGGACGGCCAGAAAGGGGCGAUUCUGCCCGUUUGA